UUAUUUUGGAGGUUAUAUCAUUCACAUAAACAGACUGCCAUGCUAACUUAGCUAGCUCUUUAGCUCGACAGCCUCUCACUGAGCAGGCUUGACAGCAUCUACAAGGUUAGCUGUGUUCGGUCACUUGGCUAGCCUGUGCUUCGUUUCACUGACCAUCAUCAUCGACUCGGGGAGUGUCAUUCUAACUUGAAUAUAUUUAAUACUUGAAUGUAUUUUUACAACGUUAAUGAGUUAUAUAGAGCCAUGUCUCCAUCAGUGCCCCUGCAGGAGAUGAUUCGGGCCAUCAGGUCAGCGAGAACGCAGUGUGAGGAGCGCGGUGUCAUCCAGAGGGAAUGUGCAGCCAUCCGGGCACAGUUCAGACAAGCUGACAAUGGGGGGCGAUCGCACAACCUGGCCAAGCUGCUCUAUGUGCACAUGUUGGGCUACCCAGCUCACUUUGGUCAGAUGGAGUGUGUUCGGAUGAUAGCCAGCCCUCGCUACAGCGAGAAGCGUGUGGGAUAUCUUGGAGCCAUGAUGCUGCUAGAUGAGAAGCAGGAUGCCAGCUUGCUCAUCACCAACUCCAUCAAGAAUGACCUAUCUCACAGUAACCAGUAUGUGCAGUCUCUGGCUCUGUGCACGCUGGCCUGCAUGGGUUCAGCUGAGAUGUGCAGAGAUCUGGCACCAGAGAUUGACAGGCUGCUCCGAGCCUCCAACUCCUACAUAAAGAAGAAGGCUGCUCUGUGCGCUGUUCACAUUGUGAGAAAAGUCCAUGAUCUGGGGGAGCUUUUUGUGCCCGCAGCUCGUUCCCUCCUUGCUGAGAAGAACCACGGUUAUAUCCCUUCAUGUAUGCACUCUGCAGUAAUGUGUAUGUGUUUGUGUUGUGUAUUCCAGACAGUGCCAGAUCUGGUUCAGAUCAUGAAAGGUCUGGUCCUUUCAGGUUAUUCUCCAGAACAUGAUGUGGCAGGAAUCAGCGAUCCCUUCCUACAGGUACGCAUCUUGAGGCUGCUGAGAAUCCUUGGUCGCAACAACGAAGGCGCCAGUGAUGCUAUGAAUGACCUACUAGCUCAGGUGGCAACCAACACUGACAGCACUAAGACUGUGGGCAACGCCGUGCUGUAUGAGACUGUUCUUACCGUGCUAGACAUCAAGUCAGAGAGUGGCCUCAGGGUUCUGGCUGUGAACAUACUGGGAAGAUUUCUCCUGAACAACGACAGGAACAUUCGGUACAUUGCCAUGACAUCUCUUCAAAAGAUUGUUGGGACAGACCACAAUGCAGUGCAACGCCACAGGGGAACCAUAGUGGACUGCCUGAAGGACCAGGACGCUUCUGUCAAGCGCCGGGCAUUGGAGCUGUCCUUGGCGCUGGUGUCAGCCUCCAACAUCCGCUCCAUGAUGAAGGAACUGCUCCUCUUCCUCUCCUCCUGCCCAGCUGAGCUGAAGGCUCAUGCUGCCAGCGGCAUAUUCAACGCGGCAGAGAGGUAUGCACCCUCCCAGCGCUGGCACAUUGACACCAUCCUGCAUGUCCUUACCACGGCGGGGGGCGACGUGAGAGAUGAAACGGUGCCCAACUUGAUCCAGCUCAUCACCAACGCCUCAGAGCUGCACUGUUACACCGUCCACAAGCUCUACCGAGCCCUGCUUUCAGACAUCUCACAGCAAUCCUUGGUGCAGGUGGCGUGCUGGUGUAUAGGAGAAUAUGGAGACCUGCUGCUGAGAGGAGAAUGUCAGGAGACAGAGGCUGUUCAGGUCACAGAGGACGACGUACUGGACGCUUUGGAAACGGUUCUGCAGUCCCACAUGUCGUCCCCGGCAACCAGAGGCUUUGCCCUGACUGCCACCAUGAAACUGAGCACCCGCAUCACUGAUAAUGUGGAUCGCAUCAGAAGCAUCGUCAGCAUCUAUGGCAGCUGUAUAGAUGUGGAGCUCCAGCAGAGGGCAGUUGAAUACAAUGCCCUGUUCAAAAAAUAUGAUCACAUGAGGGCAGCAGUGCUGGAGAGGAUGCCUGUGAUUGAAAAGAACUCCUCGGGUCAUACCAACGGAGAGUCAACGGGGGAGGCCAUGAAAGACAUCCAGCCAGCCAAAAUCAAGCAGGGAGAGCCACUGCUGCCCCCGCAACCUGCUAACCAGGUGUGUGAUCUCUUGGACCUGCUGGGAGGCUCUGACGAGACUCUGCAGCCCAGCCCAGCAGUAGGUGCUCCAGCACCGGGUCUGCUCAUCAACACAGCCAGCAUUGCUGGAGGAGACCUCCUGGAUCUGCUAGGAGUGUUAGAGCCUGCACCCCUCGCACCAGCUCCUACAUUGCCAGUGUAUGAGAAAGACGGUGUGACUUUGACACUAAGUUGUGAGAAACAGUCAGACACGGGCCUGACAGUCACACUAACAGCCUCCAACUCCACUGAGUCAGACAUCAGCAGCUUCACUCUGCAGGCCGCAGUGCCCAAGAGUGUCCAGUUACACAUGAAGGCUCCAAGUGGGGACUAUCUUCCUGCAAGAGGCACAGCUAAGGUGACCCAGAUGGUAGUCCUUAACAAUCCGAACAAGGUGAGCCCGAAGAUGAGAGUCCGCAUAUCUUACACCAGCCGAGGAUCAGCAUUUCAGGAUACAGUCCAGAUCGACUCCUUCCCUGGACUCGAUGCUGCCGGCCAGUGACAACAGCCAUUCAGUCCAACGGGACUAUGACAACAUUCUGUGGCUGAGUCAGCAGGCAUCGCCCCUCACUGACGGAAGGUUUUCUGUGCUGUCUCACCCUGUAUACUACCGUCAAAGCUGCAGUUUCUGAAAUUCCUGAUGUUUCUGGUGUUUUUACGACUGAAGAACCUCGUGAACUUGCAUAGUUUCCCCCUCUGGAAUCCAAGUGUAAAUCUGAGUGAUGGCAUUAUUUAAAAUGGCACAGGCUUUGAAAAUGCCCUUAUAUUAUGGAAAUACUAAAAUAUCAGUCGUUAUGGGAUUUUUGCAAUGACAACUCUCCGUAAAAACUUUGUACCAUCCAUGUUCUUAUUUUUAUUUUUAAUUUGAAAGCAACUGAAGCUGAUUGUACUUGUUUCACUUCAUAAAUAUGUACUUUCAUGUGGCUCCUGUCACUCAGUACACGCCACUAGAUCAAUUGUCCUCACAUAGCACUCCUUUACUCCCUUUCAAGUGACUUCCUUUAUGAACUAUUUGCCUUUACCAGCUUCGGUUUGUUGAAAAGAAGCUUAACACUAAUGACCCACUACUAUUAUUAUAAAAUGCUCAUAUCCAGUACACCAGGUUUUACUGAGAAACACGAGGAAAUAAAUGUGAGAUUGAAGGGUGUAGGAUUUUAAACACAACCUUAUUCUGGUUUCACACCGUUGCAACAACCAACCUUCAUCAGUGUAACCCAAAAGUUCAGCGAAGUGACCUCUGGGCAACAGAGCAGAAUCUGUCCAUUAGGGCUGCACAAUUAAUCGCAGUAUGGACUGGUGCAAUUUCUAAAUCGCAGAGGGGGCGCAAUAUUUUUUAAAGGCAAAAUAUGCGAAAACCAUUCUGAAGGAAAUAUUGUGGUGCUGAAGUGACGUCACGGCCUACACCUCCUAUGCUACAGACUACAGAAAACAUCUUUGUUUGGUUCAGAUCCUCGCGAAAAUCACACUAUAGUCAAUGAAAAUUAGAAUAAUGAUACAAACAUAAUUCCCUAAAUAUCCUGAAUUCUAUUGCAAUCGCAUUAUCAGUCAAAAUAAUCGCAACUAGAUAUUUUCUUCAUAUCGUGCAGCCCUACUGUCCAUGGGCGGCAAUCACUUUCUACCCCUACUCCUGUGGUCAAAAGUGCUUUGUCAUUUAAAUGACUGGAGGCCACGGAUUACCGUCGGCGGCGUUAAAGCCCCUUUAUGUGUUUCAUAUUUGUCAUGACUCAUUCAGCUAAACAGCUCUGAGUAUCCUCCUAAUUAAUUCUCCUGUGCCUUUCAUCCUCUGAAGAACUGAGUUUUCGUCAUGUGCAAAAACAAAUGCAAUUACUGGUAUAUUUGGUCUUGGAGGCCAAGAAAUGGUUUUUAUCAUUUCCAUUCAAGCAAACUUUUCCUAACCAGUAUCUCCUAUUCUAUCGUUUACAGAGGCUCCAGAGUUACUUUAUUUUUAAGAAGACUGUACAGUGAUACAAGAAGAAUGGGCAUGAUACGGUCUACAAGAUCUAUAUUUCAUAUUUCAAGUGUAUGAGCACAAUUAACUAAGUUUAUGAAAAAUCUCUUAUACAAACCUUCUUGAAGACAAAACAGGGGGCUGGGAAGACAAUUAAAUGAAGAAGUGCAUUGCCUCGCUAAUAUGACUCAUCUCAUAACAAUGAGCCUCCAUUAAAAAAAAAACCCUGGGUACUGGAUGUCAGCAAUGGUGCUCUAAAUGGACUUCAGUGCAAUCUCUUACCAGACUGUUCCAGACCACUACCUUAACUGAGCUGUAAAGAAAAGACCAGGAUGAGUAUUCUGUUGUAAAUUGUCUUUAAAUCUUCUGUUUCAUGUCAUUUUCUAAUAAAAAAAAUCAGUUUUCAGAAUUGUCA